UACUAAAAUGCAAUAUACAUAUGGAAUUAUAUUAUUUGAUUGAGUUAAAGUAAAUAGUAUUUUGUUGUCGUGAAUGUAAGAGGUGGCGGGGAGGGGUCGAUCUGAUUUACUUUCACACUUGCGUCGCACACUCCGCAGCCAGCAAAGCACGAAGCAAGAUCUGUCAAGACAUGGCUCGCACCAUCAAGCUGAACUCUGGCUAUGAAAUGCCUACGAUCGGACUCGGCACCUGGCAGGCGGCGCCGGGCGAGGUGGAGCGCGCCGUGGCGGAGGCCGUGGACGCGGGCUACCGCCAUUUCGACUGCGCCAUGCUGUACGGCAACGAGCGCGAGAUAGGCGCCGCCCUCCGCGCCAAGAUGGACGAAGGCGCCGUGCGCCGCGAGGACCUCUUCAUCACCAGCAAGGCAAGGCCUCGCAUCACCUCUGCCAAACAGCGCUGCUCUUACCUGUGGAACACGUUCCACCGGCCGGAGGUGGUGGAGGCGACGUGCCGGCGCUCGCUGGAGGCGCUGCAGCUGGACUACCUGGACCUGUACCUGGUACACUGGCCCGUGGCGUUCAAGGAGGGCGAGGAGCCGUGGCCGCGCGACGCGCAGGGCCGCAUCCACACCACGUACAUCGAGCCGGCGUCCACGUGGCGCGCCAUGGAGCGCCUGCCCGCGCUGGGGCUGGCGCGCUCCGUCGGCGUCUCCAACUUCAACUCGCAGCAGCUGGCGCGCCUCUGCGACGCCGCGCAGCUGCCGCCGGCCGUCAACCAGGUGGAGUGCCACCCGUACCUGACGCAGCGCGCGCUGCGCGCCGCGUGCCGCGCGCGGGGCGUGACGGUGGUGGCGUACUCGCCACUGGGCGCGCCCAACGCCGUGCGCCCGGCCACCACCGAGGCCGCGCUCGGCGCCCCGGCCGUGCUGCACGACCACCGCAUCAAGGAGCUCGCCGCCAAGUACGCCAAGUCGCCCGCGCAGAUCAUCCUGCGCUACCUGGGGAAACCUUUCUCCGCCUCCUCUUUGUUUGGUCACGAAACCCCGGGAACUGACAGCCCCGCCGAAGUCGCCGCGCGGAGGUCGUCGUGUUACCGCGUCGACGGCGUCAGGCGGCGCCAGCUGUCGCCCCGGGAAAGCAGGAAGGGCAAGCUCGGGGGAGGAGGAGGAGAGUUGGCGACGAGCGGCGCCCCAGUGUCACCGCGGCGUAUCGCGCGACGGAAGCGCAGUGCUGGCAUCCGCUCCCCCGCCCCCCGUCCCCCGCGGGGGCGGUGCCGUCGGUGCAAAGGGCGGCGGCGUCGCGGCCUCCGCCCACUGACCGAGGCGGGGGAUCGAUCGGCGACGCAGGUGCAGAGCGGCAUGGCGGCUAUCCCCAAGUCCACCAACCCCACGCGCCUGCGCGAGAACCUGGACAUCUACGACUUCGAGCUGGCGCCCGCGGAGCUGCAGUUCAUCGACACCUUCAACUGCGGCGUGCGCGCGUACCCGCUACUGGAGUUAUGUAAAAAAUAUGUAAUGAAGUUAAAUGGAUUUAGGAUUCGGUUUCAGCGACUUCAAAAACAUGUAGGGUCCAACACGACGUGAACUAUCCCUUCCACAUCGAGUGAAGCGGCAGGGGGCGACCGCCCCGCGCCUUCCCGCCGACCGCUGGCCAUCACGCGCUCACACCGCGUCUCACCGCGUCUCACGUCCGUGUUGCCUCCCCUGCCCGCAGCACCGCGCACCUUUCUCCAACCGUUUGACCCCUGACGAGUCCAUUGUCUUCCUCUCGUGCCACUAGUCCUUAGAUGAAUGCGAAGGUCCUCGAACCUCUACGUAGAAUUGAAUGUUAGUCUGUUUCAUCAGUGUUCACUUAACACUAUCAAUGAUCAAUUUUAAUAUCCUAUUUUUUUUCUGUUCUCUGUUCCCACAUUUUCCACAGUAACGAGCUCUGAGCUCUGAAAUCCAAUUGUAAUUCUGUUGUGUGCUUGCUUUGCCACGCUGAUCUCACAAUAAAAUGCAGAUCAUAUAAUGGUUUACUUCUUUUGAAACAUCAGUACCUCCUUUCAUGAAACUUCCAUUUAUUUUCCUUAAACUAGCUAUUCUUACG